UACGAGCCGUGGUCUGUCUCUUUCCCGGACAAUUCUUUUCUUUGGAAGUUUCACUCUCUCUUUUUCGGUAUUUCUGCAGCCACUAGGUGUGUGCUGUCGUCUUGUGGUGUUGUGUUCUGCGUGGUUUCAGUUUUCACCAUCAUUUUCGUCAACUGAGCGACCGACCGCUCGCCCGCCCGCCGUUCGCCCAUCCCUCCCUCCUUUCGUCGACUGUUUGCGACAAUGACAGAACGGCGACUGUGCUGAUAGUGGUGCUAGGCGCAGCAGCCACGGCGCUACAAUUCGUGUUGUUGAAAGCUGAACCUCGCGUCUAUCUAAUUCUAGCCGUUACAGUCGGUGCUGCUGGCAUCGACGAGAAGCGGAAAGAAACAAAAAGUAGGGCUGAAUGCGCCUGCUCACGAGCAAGCUAAACGAGGGAGCUACGAAGAGUCCGACAAAUGUGCCUAAGAAGAAUUAUCGGAGCGAAGACGCUUGAGACAUCGAGACGGAGGAUUCGCUCGCCAAUGGAUCGUCGCUAACAGUACAAAGUGGAGGGUCGGAACACCGCCAGGGAUAGGCUUCAGCCUGCGCAGAAAUUGAGUCAGCGCCUGCUACACCAGCAGCGGCAGCAUCAUUCGAUUGUGCAUUCGUGUAUACGUUUGUUUGCCUGUCGGCUUAGCGCAGUAUUCCGUACGGUUCGAUUCAAUGACGUUUUCUGGUUUAGAAAGAAAAUAGCGCCUGCUCCGAGUUCCAUCUCUGUGGCUAAUUCGGUGGAUACGCUGACAAUGUGGGGCUGUAAAAGACGAUCACUACGACUAUAGGAUUUUCGUGUUUGCCUUCUUCCACUCCUGUGUCACUUAGCUGUUAUCCUGUUAAAGUAGAGUAGCCGUCGUCGGUGGCGUCCAUCACGGCGGAGUACGACGAUAGUGCUGCGGUAUAACAACCGUUUCAAGCGAGUAGUGAGCGCAAUAAAGAACGUUUUUUUUUCUAUCUCUUCGAAAGUGUAUCUAUAUCAGUAAAUGCGCAUGGUGAAUGCUGACCAUGUAAUGGAACAAACCGGAUAUUUUUGAUGUGGCUGUGCUCUACAAUAUCAACACCGCGAAAAUAUACAUGCCGAAAUCAAGCAAAGAGGAUAGAACAGGUUAACAGAAUAAUGGUCUUGUACCAAAACGGAAUCGUAGCCAUGAGAGUUUCAUCGUGUCGUUCUAGAUGGCUCAGAUGAAUUGCAAAGUGGUCUCCGUCUGACGGACGGAGAUCCGACAUAGAAAAGAGGGCAACAAUGUGAACGAUACCGAAAAUCACGCAAUAAUGGUGAGUGCUGCGAUUGUGUUAAGGUCGAAUGCGAACAACGUCAUGAUCAGAGAUUAAAUAUUAAGGGAUCAGGAUAGUGAGGAUAGAAGCAACGAUGGUGAAUGAAUCGCAAAAGUUUCUGUAUGGUGGAUAGAAUCGUCGUAUGUGGGAGCGUACGAACACUUCAUCCAGUCGCUAGCCAGACAGCGACGCGUCUGUAUUGAAUGCACGUGCACGACAAAAACUUGACAGCGGUUUCCUUUUUGUGGUGUGAUCAUUUCUAUAGGUUCCGCGUGCUGCAGUAGUAUCCAUAUUUACUUAUGUGGUGGACAGGGAAGACGCGAAACGGUAGUUCAUUCUGACCUUGUGCAGUGAGUGCUGAAUGAGUGGUUGCAUGUGGUGGUGGCGUUGACGGCGAGGUGUUCGGUGCUUUCCGGAGACCCUUUUCCAGGGAUCCGGUCGAAGUCCGACGGGGAAGGAUGCGGGUGAUUCAACGCUACGUUCUCCUUAGUAUCAUCCUCAUUAUAGUCCUUCCACUGGUCUUUCUGCUGCUGUUCAGAGGGAAACCGCCACCAAAUCAAGACCGGUCGGGCGUUCGAAUCGAGCACAUAGCUGAUCAACUGACGUCAUUCUGGUCGGGGCAUCGCUCCAGUAAGGGUGCGACAGAACGUUCCCGCAAUACCACACGACCAUGGGACAACCAUCCGGAACUUUGCCGAUUUCACACGUGUUUCGAACUGGACCGCUGUCGGCGGGGAUUUCGGGUAUACGUGUAUCCGCCUGCGGAGGAUGGUCAAUCAGUGUCGUCCUCCUACCUCAAACUACUCAGCGCCAUAAAACGAUCACGCUUCUAUACAGCCAACCCGGAUGAGGCGUGUCUGUUCGUGCCAAACGUUGACACCCUCGAUAGGGAUAUUUUGUCGGAUGACUAUGUACGCAGUGCUCAGGCAGCUUUGUGGAAUCUUCCAUAUUGGAACGAAGGACGGAAUCAUCUCAUCUUUAACCUGUUUUCCGGAUCUUGGCCGGACUACUCGCAAGACCUAAACUUUGAUGCAGGGCACGCACUACUUGCGAAGAGCUCAGCCCCUGGACAUACUUUUCGGCCUGGGUAUGACAUCUCAAUCCCGCUGUUUUCACGGUCACAUCCUGAUCUUGGGGGCCAACCAGGGUUCUACUCGAGCGAGAGUAGGACUCUAACCCCUUUACGGAAAAGCUACUUGUUGACCUUUAAAGGGAAAAGGUACCUGUAUGGGAUUGGCUCAGAAAUUCGUAACUCAUUAUUUCAUCUAAAUAUCGCCAAAGACGUCUUGUUACUGACAACAUGCAAGCACGGAAAGCAGUGGAAGCUCAAGAAAGAUGAUAGAUGUGACAGCGAUAACGCUGACUACGACAAGCAUGACUUUAUGGUCCUCAUGCAAAAUUCAACCUUUUGUUUGGUGCCAAGAGGGAGGCGCCUGGGCUCGUUCCGCUUCCUUGAAUCUCUCCAGGCCGGAUGCAUACCUAUCGUCCUGUCGAACGACUGGCGUCUACCCUUCGACGAGGUUAUAGACUGGAGCUCAGCUACUAUUCGAUGGGAUGAGCGGCUGCUGUUUCAGCUGCCUCAUUUUUUGCGAACGUCUGGAUUGACGCCGUCAUCACCGCGUGUCGUCAAGCUUCGUCAACAAGCACAGGUGUUGUGGCGGAGUUACUUUAACUCGAUUGACAAAAUCGUUCAUACGACACUUCAAAUUAUCGCUGACCGCGUUGAAUCUGAGCGAGCUAAGUCGCUAACAAGUUGGAAUACCUUCCCAGGAGCAUUGUAUAGUGUACAGAGCGAGCUGCCACAAAGGCGAUGGAAUCUACCAUGGAACAACCAGUGCUGGGGCCAGCGGCCCUGCGACAAUGCGCAGACGUCAGGCGGCACCUCUCAACGACAGCUAGGGGCGAUGACGAAAUUUACUGCGGUUAUCUACACAUCGCUUCCGUACACCAGACACAGCUUUCCACAAACACAAUUGUACCGUUUGUUGAAGAACGUACUAAAAUCGAAACAUUGCGAGCGCGUACUACUCCUAUUGAACAUGGAGAACUACCCCAGAGCAAGGGAACAUUCCGCAAACAAUAGCGGCGCCAUUAAUGGCCGUUUGGAGCAGCGGUUAGUAGAUUCGGAGCUACUCUUGAAUGCAAAACUGCCUGCACCGGUAGUCCCAAUUCGUGUAACAAAGAUCUCCGAACGCUUUCGGCCGUUCGAGCAAAUCUCGACGGACGCCGUACUAUCACUGGACGAAGACGUGACGCUAACAACGGAAGAAAUCGACUUCGCUUUCUUUGUAUGGAAACAGUUUCCACAGCAGAUUGUUGGAUAUCCUGCCCGUUCCUACUAUUGGGAUGAACAGCGCGCUCGAUGGAGCUAUAGCUCAAAAUGGUCCAACGAAUACUCGAUGGUACUGACGAGUGCAGCUUUCUACCAUUCAUACUAUAACGCCCUAUUCUCAUCAGUUCUCAGUCCACGUCUCGUUGACUUCGUCGAUCAGACGCAGAACUGCGAAGAUAUCUUGAUGAAUUUCCUCGUAGCAGACGUCACGGCCUUUCCACCUGUUAAGGUUACUCAGAGAAAACAGUACCGUGACACCAGCAACGCCGGCGUUGGGGCUGUUGGCACAGUUGGCUCACUUGGCCGAGAAACUGCUGGAAAGUUCCCCUCAGCCUGGAACGAUCCGGAUCAUUUCCGUCAACGGGGCGAAUGUGUUGCGCGAUUCGCUGCCGAAUUCGGAAGGGUUCCACUUGCGCACUCGGUAGCGCGCUUUGACCCCGUCCUAUUCAAGGAUCCAGUGUCCAAUUUACGAAAACGGUUCAAGGUUAUCGACCGGAUAGGCUCGUCUGGUGGCUAAAACACGAAAGAGGCUUUGCGAGGCAUGUGAUCGAGAUGGAUUUUUCGUGCAUACAGCAGUUAUUUUAAAAGUGACAAAUGUAACAGACACCUGCAAUUUAAUGGAGAUUAGCACGAAAUUGCGAAAAAGAUACCAGAACGAAUAGAUAAAAGUCAUUCUAAUUAUUUCGGCAAGAUCAUAAGGGCUAUCUCUAAAAUUUGAUACAUCACUGAAAUAUAACUAGAAUCCCAUGUAAUAUUGGACGGUGCACUCAAACGCAGAGCUUUAUCUUCUACUACAAAUGCGUUCUUAAUUCAUCACUGCUGUAUUUUUAACGCUCUAUUUUCUUGUACCAAAGCUGAAAAAUGUAAGUUUUAGGAACGAAAUGCACAGUAAGCAACUUAAUUUAUGUAGACAGGAAUCGAGAAGAAAAACGUAAUGGCUUUUUAGAAGAUUCACUCUAAAUAAUAUUCAUAUGUUAGUACGUUGCCAGUUUGUGUAUCGAACAAAGAUCUACAGAAGAAGGCCAAAAUAAUAACAACAACAACUUCGGUACCAAACGUUAUCAGGAUGGGUGUUAGAAAGCAGGAAAUUAAUAACAACAUGAUUGAACCAUCGAAAGCCACGAAAGUCUAAUUUUGUUACUUUGUUCAUAUCAUAUACUUGAGAUACGACUGAAGAAUCAAAUGCGUAGCAGAUAGGAAAGAAAAUGGAGGAGACUAGAAGCGGUAAAAAAUAAUAAUGGGGCAGAGUUCACCCUGUGAUUAUUGUACGAAUGGUUUGAACCCCAAAUGGGUUUGAUGUUUUCUUUUAAGAGGAGGAAAAGGACUACGAACGAAGAUUUAUUUUUAUUGCCUAUUUCUGUGGGAUGAGAGUGCCGACUUUGUGAGCCCCUUUUUUUUGUAACAUAUCAUUUUUGACUGAGACAGGAACGAUUUAAAUCGAAUGAAAGGUGGAUGACUGUUACAGUAGGUGCGAAAUAAAUGAGAAGAAUAACGCCAUGCCGAACUUAUGUGGAAGAAUGCGAGGGCCUCAUGACCUGUAUAUAAGUGCACUGUACAAAGAAAUCUAAUGGCGCCUAUUGACAACCGCAAAGAAGCGUGAUGAAGGUAUGGAAUACAAUUUAAGACUAGGUAAGAUAAAAAGAAAGACUUAAUUAGAGAAAGAAAGAAAAUGAAUUCAGGUAACGGAUAGCUGCUUUGAGACGGAAGAAAAGAUGUCGUACCGAUAUAUUGCCAUUCAGUAACGUGGAAUGUUGAGGACACGUCUUGUUUUCCUGUAGAGAGGACUACUUUAACGUACUUGAUCGACGAAUUCAUUACACUAAAGGGGCUAUUUUUAAGCGAGUUGCUGUACAUAGUCCGGAACAAUGACAGACACCUGCUACCGAUUCCGCUCAGGGCGAUGUUCUGAAGAGUCCCGGCGUACCUACACCCAAGUCUUUCAGGCUUCACCCUUAUCGGCAGACUUUGCGUAUAUAACAGCAGAGCUACGAACUAUAGCAAUUAUCCGAGUGAGAGCCAUUCAAUAUGUAAACGAUCCUUCCAUCAAAGACGGCUUGACGUGAUACGGUCAAAUGGGUCAAGAAACUACAGACGGUACGCUCAUAAUAGAAACUAAAUAAAAUUACUGCGAAAUGUCGCUUCUGCGUUUUGGAUUUGUGAACUGUGGUGAAAUGGUAGCCAAUUUCUGAGAUGAGUUUUUGACCACCGCACACAGCGAUCGACUUUUGUGAAGCUUAAUAACGCGACAUAAAGCUAGCUCUUUAGGCUACAUAUUUUGCGACAAACACAGAGGCUCGACUGCUGAUUGUCGAUGCGAAUAAAAAAGUCCCAUCGGCGUCAAGUAGCAAUAACGUUGAAGGGGAAAAAAGUAAGCCCCAAUUACAUGGACCUGAUGAUGAUAUCAAGACGUAUAGGGGGCGUCUCGUAGAACUGCUUCAAAGCCAAACAUUAUUGCCACAUAUUGGUCUCAGCCUCCGCCUAAUUGCGUCAUGAGAUAUAUUUGAAAAGCUCCUGCGGGCGAAAACGGCACACGGCUGUGAAGAGAGUUAAUCUUGUCCUAGUUAUCACCUUAAGCAAAUGUCUGCCGAUUUGUUCAGACCCAAACAAUUCUGUCUAUUGGCGGACAGAGAGGGGUGUUGCCCGGGGGAAGAGGCGUGGCCAAUACUAUGAUGAAUGAAUAAAAUAAAACAGCAUAUUUAUUCUCACACUCUGAUGAACUCGAACAACAAUGGCUACCCCUGCAUGAGGCGGUCACAGCCUCUUCUCCGCCAAAAAUUCAAUGGCUAAUAAUAUUAUUAAUUAUCGUUAUUAUUACUAGAAGUACUCAUCACCAAACAUAAACCGUACUGGAGAAAAGUAAACGUCAUUUUCACAACCUGUCAGAUGACAAAAUCAAGAAAACGAAUGCAUUCUUUACGCAUUGCUCAUUCAAAGGAGCGGCGGUCAAAGACAAAUUCGAGCACGUUUCUCGACUUUAAACUUUCACAUGGGUGGAAAACAUCAAUUAAGAAAAUAAUGAUGACAAUGGCAACAGUUAUAUUUAUAAAUAAUAACAAAACAAAGUAAUUUAGAAGGAAGGAGUUGAGAUUGCCGCUACUGUACGACUGCAAAUAACGCUCCACAGUUAUCAUACACUGACGAUUUACGCUAAUAUAGACAUAUUUAAAUGUAAAAAAAAAUAUAUAUACAUAUAUUAUAAAUACGAUAUGGUCACAAUAAUGCUCUUUCAUUCAUAGUAGAUUUCAUCCUCCAUAAUAAAUACACAGCCAUAGCCGUAGAAAAAUAACGCCCACGAACUUAAACACACGUAUACAUACACGAACAAAAAUGUACACAAGUAAAAAUCCGCACUAAUUUUUGAAAGUUAUAACCGAUUCUUUUUGCCGUCGGUUGGGAGCAGUAUUCAUAAAGAAAAAUCGGAUCGAUAGCGAUCCGCAACGCAGAGUCAAAACAGAUCUUGUGGCGAUCGAAGUCCAAAAUAUCCUCCUAAAUCAAAGGAACAGAUACACAUAAAACUGAGUGAACGUGAUAAAAGAAGGAGGAACAAAUGCGAGACGGAAAAUGCAUUGGGGGAGCAUUGGCGUUUUGCUUGUUUGAUUUUAUUACAUGUAUAUCGCUGGCAGUUAUUGCUGGCUUAGAAAAAAAGAGAUUACUUCUCUCUCAUGAACUAUGCCGUGACCAACAGUAAGGAUUCGCAGCGCACAUAAGUGCAGAGAUGCACUGCUUUAAGGGUGAACGCGGUCGAGCGGACAGGAUUCAAUUAUUUAUAGUAUAAGCGUUAUUUUUUCUUUUAUUUCUUAGGCUUCGACUUUUCCAGCAAAUGGCGGUCAUAAUAUCAAUAAUUCGAACUGUCCGUAAACUUCGGAGUAUUUUUUCUGGUUAGAGAAAAAUUAUGUCUUCGUCAAAUGAGUGAAAGAAAGGCCUUCUGUAUCAACAUUCUGUAGCAAAUUCAUGAUAGAAUACCACUUUGAUUUUACCGUGUUGAUCACAUUUGUGCGGUUAGCGGUUAAGUGAUAGUGGUUCUCAUAUAUUACUUCAGUUUUCUAGUUAUUUUGUUUCUGACAGCCUUUUCCGUUUUCUCACUGGCGUCGUCAUCGUUCUGUCAGGUUCACAAAAUUUAACAUUAUAGUGGUAAAAAAACAGCAUUUGGCUGCCAAGGCAAAUCCAAGUAGAUGAGGUGUAUGUAGCGCACAGAGUUGCUGGUACUACUCAAAAAUGGCUCGCUAUGUCCAAAAGUGACUUCUCCAACCGAAAACUCUGGUAUUUUCAAGUUCAGCAAGAUCUUGAGCCACUUUUUCAAAAGUCCGUUUUUUAAAACGAGGAUAAUUAUUAGGUGAUUCCAAUUCUCUCACCUGUAGCCUUUAUCCUACGCAGAACGAAAUUCUCGGAUCGCUUCUGCAGCUUUUGAGAUACGCGAAGAAUCUGUAACUUCACUAUUUUUUCGUCCGACAUACUCGUCUAUGAGUAGAAACCCGAAAAAAAACUUCGUGAUCAAGAGAGAACGAUGACAACUGGCCUAUGUGAGUUCUAGUUGUAGAUAGAAAACUUA